AUGAUUGCAGUAAGUCCAAUGAUAUCAACUGAAACUAUAACAGCUUUUCAAAGUGAUUCAUUUGUUGAAAGUAUUGGUGUUAACACUCAUUGGGCAUUUACAGGGGUAUAUUCUAACAAUUAUGCUACUUUAAGAAAUAAAUUGGGUGAAUCUGGUAUUCGUUAUGUUCGUGAUGGAACUUUUUCAGAUGUUUUUACUCGAGCUAAUGAUCUUUACAAUAGUUUUGGAAUCAAAACAAAUAUGUUAACUGGACGAUGGAUACCUGGCUAUUGGCCAGCUCCACUCGAUCCAACACAAAUUGAUGCUGAAUUGAAUGAUAUUAAAACUUUAGCAUUACAAACAGUAGCUGCAAUAGAAGCUCCUAAUGAAUAUGAUCAUUCACAUGGUCCCGAUGCUGAUUGGGUAUCAACGAUUAGAAAUUAUAGUAUGCUUCUAUAUAAUAAAGUAAAAGCUGAUCCAUUAUUGAAAAAUUUCUCUGUCAUCGGACCAUCAUUUGGAACAUUCGAAACAUAUCAUGCUGUGGGUAGUUUAGAUUCAUAUAUUGACUAUGGGAAUCAACAUAUGUAUUAUUGGACUUAUUGGCCAGGUUUCAGUGGAUUUGAUAGUAAUGGAUCUUAUAGUAUCGAUUGGUUUCUUAAUACUUUGGCACCAGAACAAUCACCAUCUCGUAAACCUAUUCAAGCUACUGAAACUGGUCAUACUACUUUUACUGAACUUGGUGGUAUAUCGGAAGAAGCUGAUGGAAAAUAUACACUUCGUAUAUUAGCUGAAUUCUUUCGUCGUGGUAUUUAUCGUACUUAUAAAUAUGAACUUGUAGAUCAAGCACUACCAGAUAGAGAAGGAUUCUUUGGUUUAUUACGAAAUAAUUUAACGGAAAAACCAUCAUUUCGAGCAGUGAAAAAUUUAAUAUCAAUACUAAAUGAUAAAGGAUCAAGUUUUGCACCAAAUGCAUUGACUUAUACACUCACUGGUAAUUUAACUAAUGUUCGACAAUUACUUUUUCAAAAACGUAAUGGUGAUUUUUAUUUGAUGAUAUGGAAUGAAGUAUCAAGUUGGGAUGUUGCACAUAAAUUUGAUUUGUAUUCACUUCCACAACAACUUCAACUCAGUUUACAAAAUGAUUAUAUACUUGCCGAUGCUACACUUUAUACUUUUAAUAACAAUGCCGAUCUUCAAACUAUCAAUCUUUCAAUCAAUAACAAUCAAAUCAACUUCAAUGCAACCGACACAGUUAGUAUUAUUAGAUUAAAGAAUGGUACUAAUUCAAGCUCGGGGACUUCAACUACAGCUGGAACUGAAAUUGGAGGUGUCUAUCGGAUUACACCAAAAUAUGCACCACAAUCAGGUCUUUAUGCAAUUGGUGAUCAAAAUUCUGCAUUUGUUAGUCAAUCACAGUAUUCAGGUGGUACUAAUCAGCAAUGGAUUGUUGAAUCACUCACUGAUGGUUAUUAUCGUAUAAAGAAUCGUGCUGCUACUCGAGUACUCAAUGUAUAUGGUUGCAAUCCAAAUGAUGGAGGUGUAUUACAAUUAUAUGAUUGGUUAGAUUCUGAUUGUCAAAAGUGGAAAUUUGAAUUGCUUUCGAAUGGAUAUUAUCGUAUAACACCAAAACAUGCUUUGAAUCAAUCGCUUGAUGUGCAAAUGUGUACUACCGUUGGUGGUAUCAUUGUUCAGCAAUGGUCUUGGUCAAAUAGUGAGUGUCAACAAUGGAAAUUAGAAAAGAUCGGAUUAGCUGUUUGA